AUGAGACCCUCCUCUUUGCUGCUUGCCGGUGCUGCGGCCACUGGAGGCCCCUGCCAGGUCUUAGCCUGGCAGUUCACUAACCCACAGGAGGGUAGUCUACACCACCCAACGGCCCAUGGACACCAUUCAGUGAGCCAGGAAUGGUUAUUUCGAGGAUCGUCGGGUCCUGCACCUUCUCAGGAAGCAACGGGAGUGGUAUCAGCAAGUCGGCCUGAGCAAGCACUAGCAGAAACAUCAGCCAGCCUACCGACAUCUGCAGUAUCGCAUACAGACACGCACAAGGGAGAUUCAGACACAGAAGGGUAUAAUGAUGAGAAAGCUGUGCUGCGGCUGGUCAGGCUGGAGGACUCGGGUGACGAGGAUGCAGUGACUUCUGCCUUGUUGCGUCUACAACAGCACCCGCAUCAGCCACUGGAUCCAGCAACACCGGCGGAUGAAAAGCCAGAGAACACGUGGGAUGAGAAGCAGGAAGGCAUUCUCAACGCGCUGAGGGAGUGGCAGCUGGCAGAAAAUGGUGCAGCAGAAACACUUCAGAAGAAGGAGGAGCAACAGCAACAACAGCAAAAGCAGAAGCAGGACCAGCAGCAGCUAGAGCCUCUUCUCCUCGCUGAAGUAAUAGAUUCCGGUUCUGAAGGUUCGACUAAACCCCUCAUGCCGCAUCUGCCUCCUUGCCCAGGAAAUAGUAGCAACACCCCUGUGGCCACCAGUACGGCGACCAGCCCUCCGGCAACGGCCACUGUCACGGGGCCUUCAAUAACAGCAGAAAUGGGGGAAGCAGAGGAUCCGCGCAGCAACAAGGCAUCGAUUUCCGCAGCAGCAGCUGCCGUUGCCGCAGGUCUCCAGCGUGUUGCUGAUGCUGCUGCGGCAGGCAAGAAGGAGUUGCUCAGUGCAGCAGCCGAAGCAGCCGGAAAUAUUUCCGCAGAAGGCGCCCGGCAUCUGGUGAAAGAGGUGAUGAACAAGCUCGGCCCUCCAGUAGUGCUGCGCCUUGAGGUCUCAGACGCUCACCAUGGGAACCCCAAGGUCCCUCCGGGCCUGCUUCUGGACUGUCUAAGGGACCAAACCCGAUACAGCAUGCACUUCAGAGUACACACGCCCCCCCCUACAGCAGCGCAUCCGCCAACAGCGACAGCCGCGUCUAAAGGAGAGCACUAUUUAAUGAGGUUUGAGCGGGCGAAGGGUCUCGCACAGGACGAGGCCUACACGGCUGCCGAAGCAAAGCGGCAAAAACUGGUUCAUUCUGCGCUGCGUCUGCUGCAAAAACCACUUCCGACGCAGCCAAAGCCUCAGGAGCAGCUUGAGCCAUGGCUGGUUGCCGACGCCAAGCAGCCGCUACAGACGCACCAGCAGCAGCCCACUGGACAGCAACAAGAAAGAGCCCUAAGUGAAGCGAAGCGGCAUCUGUUGCUCCCUCUGUGGGUAGGCCAGCUGACUUUGCCAUCCCCUGCUGUUGCAGUCGCAGGGGAAGACAUGCUUUUGAACUGGGUCGAAAUAUACCCUGACGCACUGCUGAGGCUGCAGCAGCUUCCAAUGCUGCAACCGAACGGGCAGUGGUUUGUUGCCCUACAGCUGCUGAAGGCAACAGCUGCCCUCCACAGUGCCGGGCUCCACCUGGGGGCCCUAGGCCCCGCGUCUCCAUGGAUUAGUAGUGACGGUCGGCUGCUGCUGGACGGUGUCCAUUCACUGCAGCAACAGCAACAGCAGAGAUGGGGCUGCGAAGAUGAAGAACUUGAGCAGCCAUGGAGGGCCUACGUUCCUCCCGAGCAGGCCUUCUGUGAGCCUGCUGUUCCUCCCAAGGAAAAAGAAUUGUGGGAGCAGCAUCUGCAACAGUUGCAACGCCAGGGAGUAUCACCGGCAGAGGCGGCUGCUGCGUGGGGCCUUGGCCUUCUCUUGUUCCACGUAUUCUGCAGCACUCGACUUCCGUACAGCAUCUCAGCUGUUGCAAGUACCACCGACACUCUGCGUCACCUGCGCAGGCUGUUCCUUGCAGCGGUAGCACCCAGCAGCGGUGACCGUAGCACCGGGAAAAGCCUCAACUUAAAGACGUGUGGAAGCGACCCAAGGGCGCACCGCCUUCUGAAGGCCUUACUUCAUCCCAACCCGAGUUUGAGGGCCUCCCCCGCACUUCUCUUACAACAGUUGCUGCAGGAGGAACAGCUUGUACAAGGGAAGCCGUAA